GAGUUUGAUUUGAUGUCCUUUAAUGCUAAUGAAACUUGUGACAGUGAACCAGAAGAUACUCAUAACUUAUCGGAUUCGUUAGAAUUAAUAAAGGCUUCAGCUACAAAAUUAGAACAAGCAAGUGAACACAACCCGCAACAAACGAUAGAUCCAACUAAACAUUAUAAAUUCUCUUCUCAAAAAAUUAGAUGCCCUUGGAAAUUGAAUGUAUCUUACCAAAAAGCAGCUAAUUGUGUUAAAAUUAAUUUAUUUAACAAUAAUCAUAGCCAUACUUGUACUUCUAUGAUUAAUCAAAUUGCUCUGCAAUUUCACAAGCUAACACCUGAAAUGUUAGCCAAUAUUAAAAAAUAUAUAACUCAGGGUAGACUAGAUUCUGCAUCAAUAUAUCCUUUAAUAAAACAUAACUAUCCAAUACAUCCACUACAAAAACAAGAUUUGUAUAAUACUGUUUAUACUAUUUGGAAGAAUAAUAAUCCUGGAGAUAUAGAUGUGUUCUUGAUGUUUCAAACAUUGCUAACUUGA